AUGAAUAAAUUCGUUGCAGUUCUAUUAAUAGCUUGCUUUGCUUUUACUUAAGUCCAAGCUCAUUUAUUAGGGCAUAAAUGUGCUCAUAAAAGAAUGAAUGAAAAGUUAGACAAAGAAAUUGUUGACUUGAUUAUUGAUGAAAAUGAAAGACAUCUCGAAAAUGCUAAACCUAGAAACUUCAAGAUUACCUAUGAUAUGGCUUAAUUCAAUAAUUUACCUAAUACUCCUAAUUUAUUGAAUUUUUCUUCUAAAAUCUUAUUAAUAUCCCCCCUGGGAUAUUGA